AUGGAGACCAACUUCACCUUUGCAGGGGAUGCUGAUUCCGCCCCAGGACGCCGCAGUCGCAGUCGCAAAGCCUGUGAUCUCUGUCGCCACAAGAAGAGACGUUGCAAUCACCAGCGUGGACUUGAUACAGAGCCAAAUUCUGCAACCCCUAGAGAAUUUGUGUUCUGCUCAAUGUCGCCCAACCUCAGUAAUAGGACGCGCAAGACGCCCCAGAAGACAAAGCCAAAGCCCGCGCAGCAGCACCCCAGGCCAGCUGUCUCCCAGAGCUCAAUCCCUCCACAGAGCCCACGGCUAACUCGGGUACCCCAAGUCAGAGAAGAGGACUCCUCGCCAGUGGUCGCGUUGAAUCCACAUGCCGCUCCAUCGUCGCCGCGCUUUGUGGGAGACUUGAAUCCAGAAGCCCGCCUGCUCGACGAGGCUACUUCUCCCGAGGAUACGCAAGACAUGACACCCGGUGAUGUCGGGGUGUGGAUCCGCCCUCAGACUUCCAGUAAAGGUGGCACAACCAGGGAUCGACGUCCCUCUUCUGUGCGUUAUGUGCCUUCCACGAUAGGCUCGGAGCGCAUUUAUCUCCCUAUCUCAGACCUCCUCCCGGAGGAGACGAUAAAACAGCUCUCGCAUAUAUACUUUAGGACUAUACAUCCGCUAAUUCCCCUCCUCAAUCAGUCAGAGUACUGGGAGUUGCUGUCCCGGCGGACGAUUCCAAUGCCCUUGGUGCAUAUUGUGUGCCUACUCGCAGCCAAAGAUCAUAGUGCGUCUAGUCAUCUAAAGCUCUUGCAUUAUGAUGAUACUGUCAUAUCUGUCCGACAGUUCUGCAGUCAGGUAUAUAUCUCUAUUUGCUCAGCACUCUCUCAACGCACGGCUGUCAACAAAAUAACACUGAUGCGAAUCUUCGGUCUGCUCUCCCUGCACCAGGAAGGAUCCGAUAGCUCUGAACAAUCCUCCAGCUACAUGGCUCAGGCCACACAUUCUGCCCAGUCACUUGCACUGCAUCAACCACGACCCAGUGAUGUUGAUAACGACCUCAAGCGAACAUUUUGGUGCCUUUGGAUGUUGGACCGGUUAAACGCUGCCACCAAUUCAAGGCCAUGCCUUAUGGCCGAUAUCGACAUCGCCAUCCCAGAGAUACUGCCGCACGAGUCGGGCUCGAGUGCAUUCAACGUGCUAUUCCGUAUUAUCAAAUAUCUAAACGUCGUGAUUGGCCUCUAUAGGCCCAGGGCGGCCGACCUAGGCUCCGGUCUAGACUCCGGGUUCCCGGUAUUCGAACAGAUUAUGGACGAAAUGUGCGCAUGGCAGCUUCCCCCGUCCACCAUAGGAACCCUCCACAUCUUCUUCCACGCAACCGCAAUCCUCGCCCACCGUCUGAAGACCAUAACCUCGCUUCCCUCCCCGACCCCAUCCCGCCUGCGCCAACAGCUGUCUGCAAUCCAGGUAAUCCGCUACAUGCGCGAUCCCACCCGGCUAAACGCCCUGUGCCCCCUACCGAUCGUCGUCUACGCCACGUCUCUCGCUCUAUCUGUCUCCUACCAGCAACUCCGAUACAGCCGUCUGCCCAGUGACCAGGAAGAUGCGCGCUCCGAUUUCACGACCGCGUCCGAUAUCCUGCAGGAGCUGCGAUGCACCUGGGCGUCUGCCGACGCCAUGGCACUCCUCACACAGCGCAUAUCAACGGCACUGAAUGAGUUGCCGAGUCUGGAUCUGCUUCGUGUUGGCCAUGUGCAGAUCACACAGCGGGCGGACCCACACGGCGGCACUGAGGUCACUACGGAUCCAGUGCCCGUUAAUGCGGCAUCGGUAUCGCAGAUCCAGGGGGAGCUCCCGCCCAUUGAGGCGAUGGAUUUGUUUUCUGGGAUGGAUGAUGUCUCGUGGAUGUAUCUGGAUGCGGAAAAUCCGGUUAAUUUUCAUGGACCUCCGUUUGGCGGGUAUGAGGAACUGUAUGGGGUU